AUGAGUAUUCCAGCCAUAUUAGAUAAAUUGAAAAGUCUAUUUGAAAAUACCGAGCAGUUUGCACAAGAACUUAGAGAAGUUCCUUUUGUAUUACCGUCAUAUUGUACAUUUCGGUCUCAAAUAAUAGUCAUUUUUGAACUAGCAAUGUUAAUUGCAUCACCCUGUUGUGGUAUUCCAAUACAUAGCGAAAUUUCUAGUCGUUUAAUAGCAUUUAGUGAGUUUAUCGAUAAACAUAAGCAUCUCAUAAAUCCAUUUUGUGCCGAACUAGCAAAUUAUUUGGAUAAUAUCAAACCAUAUGAGAUUGAUAUUGAUCAUGUUCCUGCAAUUAGACUCAAUUUCUGGCCGAAAAUCUUAAAUCCGUUUAUCGAUCGAAUUACAAAGAAUCGACCUGAUGUACUUGAACCAAUAAUGAAAAGUAUCGUAUUUGUUGUACCAAAAUGGUCAAAAAUCACACCGGAACAUGAAGCACAUUUCGAAUUCCGUUAUUCGUUUUCAGAUAUUGAAAAAACGAUAGCACAACUUCGUAGUGAUGUGGAAAAAAGCCUAAAUAAAAUAGCAAAAAGUCUAUAUUACGAAAUUUUAUCGAAAGCAAAUGAUGUGCAAGUUGGCGAACAGUAUUUACCAUCUUACUUUGCAAAAACGACCGCACUUUGGAUAUGUGAACAAGAAAACUUAACUGAGUUGUAUCAAAAUGAACCAAAUAAAGACAUUUUUUUUCAAAGUUUAGCUGAAAAAUGGCGUCAAUACGCUAUUCGGUGCUUGAAAGAUCAUUGUUGUAAACAUUAUUUUACAGAAGAUAUCAAUAUACUACAACUCUAUGAAGAUGAAUUAAUGAAACUGGCGUUAGAAAAACUAGAGAAUUGGACAUAUAGGAGCUCUGUUACACCACCACGAGAUUAUUUUGAAUACGAUCCGAUGCCGUCAGAAGAAAGCAAAAUAUUUUUGCAGGGUGCAAAGAAAUUUGUAUUAGAUCCUGUUGCUGAAUUUGAAUUAAAAUCAGAUAUUCGUGAAUUAGAAAACAAAUAUUUUUUAAAAACUAAUUUAUCUGAUAUUAACGUAACAAGAUAUCUUGAAACGUUAUCAUUAGUUCCAUUAAAAAUUGAUAAAUGGAUCAAUUAUAUAGACUAUUUGCAAUCAUACAGAAGUAACGAACAACCUUUGAGAUUAAUAACGGUUAAUUUGUCUGAUGUGACAUUUUCACAUUUUAUAUUUACAUUACCAGUCGUAUUGUAUAUUCUUUUUCAAUUUGAUAUAUAUUUUGAUACAUUAGAACUUGAUGAAAAUCGAUUUAUAACCACUAGUGACAUAUUCAUUGACCAAAUGUUCAACAUGUUUGAUGUACAUUUUAAAGAGAAUUUAAAAACAUUAGAUCCUGAUCUAUGUGUAAUAGCAAAUGCGGGAAAUUUGCCAAAGGUAGCGGGUCAAGAAAUCAAUGAGAAACUGCGAGACAAUUUACAUUUUAAAGGAAAAGAUAUUGAUAGUUUGUCAUUCGAUUUGUUCAGUGCAGAACGAGAACAACAAAGUGAACCAGAGUAUUCGUCACUUCAAGAGUUUGUAAUGGAUAUGAUAUGCGAUGUUUUGUCUUGGAUUGAUAAUAAGACAACAGUUAACCAAGAUCCAUUCAAUUAUUUACGAAAAACAUUAGAAAAUGUCGGCUUAAAAAAUAUUUCUUCACAGUUAAGUAAAAUUAUAUUUGAUGACAUAUUUCGUGAAGAUGCUUCUAAUGAUCAAUUUCUAGAAGAACUUUCACUUGAGAUAAAAGUAUUUACGGGAGUGAGUCUAGAACAAUUCAAAAUAAUCUUAAGUUUUAUGAUAGAAUUACUAGGAAAUUUAAUGCUAAGUAUGAUGGACAUAUUUUUUGAUAAAGAUGAAGAAUUGAAAAUUCUCACAACUAUUGGCAAUUAUUUUUAUAUUCUGUCAGCAAUAUUUGAAUCAAGUAUCACAAAUUCGUUAACAAAUCAAAGAAUACUAGGAUUAGCAGACAUUUGGGCGCAACGACAAUUGGGCGUAUAUACGACAAAAGCAUUCAGUAAGAGUGCAUUUGUUAAAUUUGGUUUAAAGAAUGGCUUAUACAACUUGAAAGAAAAUCAACAACUACGUGAUUUGGUUGCAUUACAAAUCAGAGAUAAUCCAAAACUUCAUCAGCUACUCGACAAACCGGCAAAUUACUACAUUAAAUGGAUUCGUCAACCACAAAGUUGGGGUGGUUUCAUCGAACUUUCAAUACUUUCACGAUGGUUCAGAGUCGAAUUUGUUACAAUUGAUAUGAAAGCGAACUCUAGUAACAGGGGUGGAAAAUAUAUCUAUGGCAAUGACAAAAAUGAGUGUACUGAUAAGCGUAUUUAUUUAGUUUACACUGGUGACCAUUAUGAUCCUUUGUAUAUAUCGAUGAUUUCGCAACCGUACAGACAGAAACAGAACGAUACAUUAACAAAAUAUCCAAAGGAAGCAAUGUUUUCAAAAACAGAUACUUCAAAAUCACUUGGAAAAAUUGAUAUGUUGAUCGAUUCUUAUAUUACCAGUCAAAUACAUAGCACUGACUUAAAGCCGGUGAACAUCACAAUGUACGAUGAUAACGUUACUGAUCUUAUGCUGAUGUUGUGA